AUGCCUGCUCAGUGGCAAGACAUCGCAAGACGCAAGCAAGAAGAGCGUAAUGCUCGGAUAGCGCCAGAAUGGGAAUUGCAAGAUACUCUUUCAGCAAGCGGCGGCAGUAUCCUGGACGUGCCUCGUCGAUGUGGGCUCUUGACUAAUCACGAGAUCGACAUCACUGAGCAGUACGAUGCUACUAGGCUGUCAUAUGAACUUGCGGCAGGAAGAAUUAAGAGUGAACAUGUCGUUCGAGCCUUCUGCAAGCGGGCAGCAAUAGCUCAGCAACUGACGAACUGCCUGACCGAGAUCUUCUUCGAAGAUGCCAUUGCUCGCGCUCGUGAGCUUGACCAGCAUCUCGAGAAGACUGGCAAGCCAUUGGGUCCGCUUCACGGCCUGCCCAUAAGCCUCAAAGAUACCUUCAAGGUACGAGGCUACGAUGCUUCUGUUGGCGUCGCCAGCCUGUGCUUCAAGCCCGCUACCAGCAAUUCCGCUCUGGUGGACAUCCUCCUCUCGCUUGGCGCUGUGCUCUUCUGCAAGACCAACAUCCCUCAGACCAUGAUGGGAGUAGCGCUCGACUCGCACAACAACGUGUUCGGACGUACACUCAGCCCGGCUAACUCCAAACUCACACCAGGUGGUAGUUCUGGAGGCGAAGGAGCGCUGGUCGCCAUGCGAGGGUCUAUUCUCGGUGUUGGCACCGACGUUGGAGGCAGUAUACGGAUUCCCGCCGCUUGCAACGGUUUGUACGGCCUUAAACCGAGCCACGGGCGCGUCCCGUUCGCUGGCCAGGAAGGCGGCAAGCGAUCUGGCAGUAGUAAAGUCGAGAUCGAGGCCACAGCGGGACCCAUUGCGACAACCGUGCGAGACUUGGAGCUCUUCAUGCGAGCCGUAGGCAAUGCAGGCGCCGAAGCAUUGGAUGCAGAAGUCGUGCCGCAAACUUGGGCCUCGCUGCCACUACUCUCAACUACCAACAAGCCACUUCGUGUUGGCGUUGCGCGGACGGAUGGACACGUGAAGCCCCUGCCACCCAUUGAAACUUUGAUGAAGGAGGUCGCGCAGACGCUACGCAGCUCGGGAAAUCAUGCCAUUGAAAUCGUGGAAGUGGAUGUCUCGCCCGUCCUUUCACGGUGCGUCAAAACUUUCAACGGUAUCAUGAGCCUUGAUGGGAAUAAUCAGUGGCUGGAUCUCCUUGAGCCGACUGGCGAGCCGCUCUCGCCGUGGCUGCAGAGUCGUAUCAACCGAAGACCAAGGAAGGAGACGAAGGAGGUGGUAAAAUUGCAGGCGAGCAGACUUGAGCUGCAAGCUGCGUUCUUGCAGGUCUGGAAGGAGAGUGGAGGGUACUGGAUGACCGGUGCUGGGGAGGCACGGCUGGGGGACAGAACGCUCGAUGCGAUCAUCUGUCCCGUCGCACCUCACCCCAUUCCAGAGAUUGAUCGCUGGAACACAGCAAACUACACCGCUGCGUGGAAUCUACUAGAUCUAUCGACAGGAGUCGUGCCAGUGAGGAAGUUCACCAAGCAGGACUUGAGAGGCGAGGUGCCCAGCUCGGAACCACUCAAUGGAUGGGAUAAGAUCAACAGGGAAUUGUGGACCAAGGUCGACCGCAACGUCUACCUCGACAGCCCACUGAGCGUGCAAGUCGUGACUCCACGCUUGACAGAGAGGCAACUCGUGCAAGCGAUGGCUGUGAUCGACGAAGCGGUGAGGCCUUUGCGGGAGCGCCAGGCAGAGCUUGGUGCUAGCAAGCUCUAG